AUGGCAGAAGGAAUCGUACACGAAUCCAAAAGACAUCGGACUGCAGGACCAGCGGCCCCACUCACGGAACAAAGCAUUACAAACCUCGGCAAUAAUCUUAAUAUCAAGCACUGGAUGAACUGGGAGAAGCAUAUGGACACAAUCAUGAUCAUGACCAAGCCAUAUGAUAACUCGCUUGUUCGAUAUACACGUCAAGUAGCCGAAUGGAUCAUUACCACGCAAUCGUCUGGAAGGGAGGAGCCAUUUACAGUUUAUGUGGAUGGACACUUGGAAAACUCAAAGCGAUUUGGGUAUCAGGAAUUAGUAAAACAAAACGACGUUUUUAAAAAACAUCUCAAGUUUUGGACACCCAAGCUAUGUUUCAAGAGUCCAGAAAUGUUCCAUUUGAUUAUUCUGUUAGGAGGCGAUGGAACCGUUUUGUUCACGUCUUGGUUAUUCCAGACCUACGUACCCCCUAUCAUUCCAUUCCAUCUCGGAUCACUUAGCUUUUUGACACCAUUCCCUUUCAAGGAAUAUCAAAAGUCGCUCCACGAAGUGUUUAGUGGGAAAGGUCCACGCAUCGCACUAAGGAUGCGUCUCUCAUGCACCAUCUAUCGCUAUGUGGAUGAUCCGGACUACUGCAAGACCCGUGAAGCCAAACAGUGUGCUAUUACAGGUGCUAUAUGGACGCGUAAAGCGCAAAGUGACGGCAAAGACAUGCGGUGUCAGUGGCAGCUCAUGGAAACCGAGUGGAUGAAGGAUCAUGUGAUUAACCAAGAUGGAGAGCAAGAGGCGACAAACGACGAGGCCACUCAGAAUAAUGAUGACGAUGAUAGCCACACACGACCAAUCCCAUGCUACACGACCGUGCCUGGUGAAAAUUUCCAAGUAUUGAAUGAACUAGUCGUGGAUCGAGGCCCGUCGUCUUAUAUGGCCACGUUGGAAUUGUUUGGUGAUGAACAACACUUGUGUACAGUCGAAGCGGAUGGAUUGGUGAUAGCCACCCCCACUGGCUCCACUGCUUAUUCUUUAUCCGCGGGCGGAUCUUUGUGCCAUCCAUGCGUACCUGCUAUCCUUAUUACACCCAUCUGUGCUCACACGCUCAAUUUUAGACCCAUGCUACUGCCACAUACAACCACGGUCCGUGUGGUAGUACGAUCCACCGCACGGUCUACAGCGUAUUGUAGCUUUGAUGGCAAAUAUCGGGUCGAGCUUAGACGUGGUGACCAUAUUAGCAUCACAUUUUCACGUUAUGCCAUGCCGACGAUCUCUCGUAAGGAUACAAACCAUGAUUGGUUCGAGUCAUUACAAAAGUGUCUCAUGUGGAGCCAACGGGCUCAACAAAAGCCAUUUGUCGUCGUCGAAUCCCAUAAAAAAAAGAAUAAGCACACUAAACGUCAUAUCGUCACAGAAGAAGAAGAAGGAGGACGUGAACACGGCGAUGGUCAAACAACAGCAAAAACUGCUACUACUACUUCAGGGACAAACACACCCUCAACAACAACAACAACAACAACGUCGGAGAGUGGUAGCGAACAAGUGUUUGCAUGUAUUGAUCAAGACGAGGAUCCAAAGAAACAAAAACCGGUCAGCGACGAGACAUCCAAUCAGGAUGAUGACGAGGAGGACGACCAAGAAGACGAAAGCUUUGAACUAGUGCCUUGGACUGAAGAAGAAUUGUAUCGAGAAAUGAUGACUUUGCUUAAAAAAUAG